GUAACAAUCUUCCUCUUUUUCCACUUAACAUGUUAAAAACUGCGUAAGAAUACCUGGUACUAAAUAAGUACAAAAAGCUUAAAUACAUUGAUUUACAUUUGAAUAACUUAAUUAUAAAAACGAUGGAGUCGAAGACAACGCUCUCUCGUGAAAUAAAUUUGAGGCCAAGGGAUACUGGAAUGCGUCUACGUAUAACUGGGGAUGAACUUUAUAAUGAACGGUUUCAAGAAAAACAACCACGUCUCCGAAGGACUGAAAAAUCAUACGGCAGCAUUUUUCCUUACCUAUGGAUGACGGCGUAAUAUACAUAAAAACUGUUUCUUGUGACGAGACGAUGAUAAGUUUUUGUUUGAUUCUCUCAAUGGAAUCCUUUCAAGAUACAGCCCAAGCCGUUCAAUAAAGAAUUGAACCGUAUACAAGAAUCUCUCAUCGGCUGUACCAUGAUUUACGAGCUUUGAAAUAUACAAACUACACAUAAGCAGUGCUAAACCUCACCUUGAUCCGGCGUUCGUCACGCAUGAGAGGAGCGCACUUCAACACCAUUUUACGUUAAAAUCUCAGUAAACGCUGGCGGCGUUACGUAGAAAACGUAACGUGCUCGUGCUGGCACACUGACUGGAGAAUACAUGGGUCGAGGAAAGAAACACAGAGACAGACAGAAAAGAAAGAAAAGGAGUGAGUCUGAUAGUGAAAAUAGAUCCAAAAAAACAGUUCAAAUAUGGUGGACAUUUGACCAGCGAAAUACUUAGUGCGGCCAAUAGUGUUCUCUAUGACAGUGACGUUGAAAGUGACUUGAAUUUAAGCACGUACGAUAACGAAGGUGAUAUUUCUGUAUUCUUAACUUCAGCAUUAGACUAGCUCCUAGACUAUGAUAUAUAUAUUUUUUUUACAUUUUUAUGAUUUUAUGUAGUGAACUGAGCCAGUUUAUAUUCUAUGUCCAAUAUCAUAGUCUGGUACAAUCCGAAAAUUCACAAACCUGAUUUUAGCUUUGUUAUCAAUCAAUAUCAAGUAGUGACCACAGCCUAACUGAUCAAGAUCAAUGGUUUUCUGCCACAUGUUUAUGCAACUAAUUGAUACCAUCUGGAAGCUGGGAGCUACAACUUAGAGGUCAACUGAGAUGAAAUCUGUAAGAAUUUCAUUUCUUUGUAAGAAUGGAGAAUCUGAAAGAUGCUAUUGCGUAUGGCUUGUCAAAAAAUGUAUAUAAGGAUUUAAAACCAUAUCAAGGCACUGUCAUUGAACAAUAUAUGAGUGGAAAAGAUGUGUUAUUUUGUUCACCAACUGGGAGUGGUAUAAGUUUAUCUUUUGAGAUAGCACCUUUUUUGUUUCAAUAUCUUGAACAUAAACAGGCAGAAUGCACAUGCAUAGUGGUGUCACCUCUUGCUGCAUUAAUGAAAGCUCAGGUUCAGGAACUGAAUAAAUGUGGUAUUAAGGCGUUGUAUCUAAUGGACAGUGAAACGCAAAGCCAGCCACACAGAUCUGAGGUAAAUGAUGCAGCGAAUGGAUAUUAUGAAUUGAUAUUUUCAAGUCCAGAAACACUUCUACAGGGCAGCAGAGAUCUUGUGAUGUCUUUGUCCAAAAAGGGAUAUCUGAAAGUAAUCUUCAUUGACGAGGCACAUUGUGUAAAGAAGUUUGGAAGAGCAAACACUGGAAGUAAAUCAUUUCCGUACAGACCAUUUUAUGGGGCACUUGGAGAACUGCGUUCACUUUCAGGACCGCGUGUACAUGUAGUUGCUUUAACAGCAAAAGCAUCACAGCAAGUCAGAGAGAUGAUCACUAAAGAUCUUUGUAUGAACAAAAAUGUGUUUUACCUGUCAGCAAAUCCAAAUAAAACAAACAUCAAAUACUGGGUGCUUGAGACACCGCGAGCCCGAGGAGACAUUAAUAAGGACUUUAACUGGCUAGUAGAUUUUCUCCGUACUGAAGGGAUCAAUACUCCGCGAAUGAUUGUAUUCUUCAGAAAGAUUGAACACAUAGCUGACGUGUAUGAACAUCUAAAGACUUUACUUGGACGUUCUGCAUAUGUAAAUUAUGAUGUAACCAAAGCAAAUGAUGACAGAAAUAGGCUCUUUGAUAUGUAUCAUUUGAAAACAGAUGAAGAAGUCAAGGAGUCAAUAGCAAGCUCAUACCAAAUCCCAGAUGGACAUACCCGUGUGGUUCUGUGUUCAACAGCUUUCAUUAUGGGAUUAGACGUGAAAGGUGUUAACACAGUCAUUCACUAUGGAGCUUCCAAUGACUUGGAUGACUAUCUACAAGAAUCUGGCCGAGCAGGUAGAAAACACAACGAGAAAUGCCAUUCUAUUGUGAUAAAAUACAAAAUGUGUCUUUCAAGCAAAAACAUUACUAAAGAUAGGAAAGAAUUCAUCAAGACUGGUUCUUGCCGAAGGAAGGUGUUAAUAAAUCCCUUUACGGAAGAAAACACAAUCAUUGAAGAUCACGACUGUUGUGAUAACUUUGCUGCUAAAUGUGCAUGUCUCUGUUUCUGUACCAGUAGUGAAAUGUGUUGUUGUGAGAGUAAAUGUCCUCAAAAUGCAUCUUCGGUAUAUGACAGAAUGAAAUUAUUCAUACAGAAGAUAUUGAUGCUGAUGAUACUGAUGAUUUCUGUGAAGGGUAUGACAGUGAUAGUGACAUUGAUGAACACAUCAAGAGAAAACCUGUUAAUCUGGACUACUCAUCAAAUGAAGAUCAAUGAGACAUACAGUACAAAAAUUUGAAGAAAUAAGAUAGCAGAUGACAUACCAAAAAUCACGAAUCACAUGAUUUUAGUUAAUAGAGAAAGUACCAAAAUAUUAUUUUUUCUAUGUAUGACUAUGUAUAUAACACAGCCCACUAUUUAUUUAUAAUGACAAGCAAUUACAGGUGGAGAAAAUGACAUAUAAUGUGUACUAAGACAUGCCUCCUUACUAUCUUGCUACAUUUUGCUGGUUAAGAUCUUUACAUACAUGUUUCAGUGAUUAAUAGAAAUGAAACAGAUAUUUCUCACGAUUCUUAGUGAAAACUAAGUUUUCAGAUUUUGAUUUAAAAGAUGAAAUAAAACGAAAAUUUAAUUGUUUUACUGUUGAAAUCAAAAUUCUUUCACUUAAUCACUUGUGAACUAAAGAUUUAUUUUUCAACAAAACAACAUUUUUGAUACUUAAACGUUCUUUUGACAAUAUUUAAACAAGAUAAAUGUUUUAAAUACAUAUCUGAUCUGUCGCAUUGAAAAAGGUAAUCUUUUCAAGUAAUAUCUGUUACUUAUGUUUCUCAAAUACAACGCAGUUCUUCAAAAUGGAAUUUUAUGCAUUCAGUCAUAUUUUGAGCUGAAACUCUUACAUGACAAUCAUAGUAACUUUUUAAUAAAAAGUCAGUACUUAUA